AUGGCUACCGAGCUGCCAGCUGAGAAAUUUGGGAAACAUCAGUGGGAGACGGACCAUGGUAAGAGCAUCCUGUACCAGAGCCUUAACAAAGAACGUGGAAGUGAGACCAAGUGGCACCAGCAGGAUCGUGGUCCUCACCGCUCCACGGGAAGCAAGGGCUGCUCUUGUAUGGACAGGAGGAGAGUUGUCCUGAAAACACCAGAAGUCACGUGCAGAAGAGCUUCUGAAGUGCUCUUGAAGACUUUAACUUUUAUUAGAAACUUGCCUUCUUUUUAUCACGUGCCUUGGGAGGACCAGCUUGUCCUCAUACAGCAGAACUGGGCCCCUCUUUUUGUCCUGGGCAUGGCACAAGAAGGGGUGGAUUUUGACCUGAGAGAGAUUUCAGCCCCUAGUUUAUUGAAAAAAAUCCUCCUCAAUCAGUCUUUGACAGCUAGCAAUGAACUGGGCAGCUCGUCACUGGGAGCAUCUUUAGCAGAAGUUCAGAAGAUGAAGAAUAUAUUGUGGAAAUUCUGGGACCUGGACAUAAGUGUAAAAGAAUAUGCCUAUCUUAAAGGAAUUAUUCUUUUUAAUUCUGGAUGCCAUGUCCUAAAAUGUCUCCCCUAUGUACAAACACUGCAGCAGGAAGCUCAGCAAGCAUUGAUGGAGUUUAUCUCAACAAUGUUCCACAGAAACCUAGGCAGGUUUGCUUGGAUUCUUCAGCUAAUCACCUCUCUUCAAGACAUCAGUGCAGAUGCUAUUGAAGAGCUCUUCUUCAGGCCCAUCCUAGGACAGGCCACCCUAAAUGUAUUACUUCGAGAAACCCUACAUAUCAAGCCAGACUAG